AUGUCCAACCCAGCAAUCAUAAUCAUUCCCGGCUCCUGGCACAUCCCCCGCCACUACGCGCGCCUUACCACUCAUCUCUCCAAUCACAACUACUCUGCCACAGCUGUAGCCCUGCCGUCCGUGAACUCCAGUCCACCCCUGCAAACAUGGGAAGAGGAUGCACAGGCCGUACGCCAGGCUAUCAUGGAGAAACUCGGUCUCGGACAGGACGUCGUCGCCAUUGCGCACUCAUUCGGUGGAGUUGCCAUGUCUGAGGCUGUUAAAGGUCUGGGAAAAGAAGAACGCCAGAAGCAGGGCUUUGCUACUGGUGUUCUGCGGCUGGUUUACAUGUGCGCUAUGGCGCUGCCAAUGGGUCAAACGCAUGUUGGCCAGAUAAAGCCCGUCACACCGGAAGAGGAAGAACGGGAGAAGGCACAGAAGGAGCUUGCGGAGAAGAAUGGAGGAAUGCAAUUCACCAAUGACGGCGCAAUCCUCCUCCCCAAACACGCCAUCCGCGACAUCUUCUACAACCGCUGCGACCCAGCUGACAUCGACGAGGCAUUGACUCACCUGGGCUCAUUCCCAGCUGGUCCAUUAGCUGUGCCAGUCACGUAUACGGCCUAUCGCGAGAUCCCGAGCACGUACAUUGUCUGUGAGAACGACAAUGCGUUGCCGCUUUCUAUGCAGGAGAGGAUGGUUGCGCAGGGGGAGGGUAUUUUUCAUGUGGAGAGAUGUCAGGAGGGGCAUUCGCCAUUUUUGAGUAACCCGGGUUUUGUGGUGGGGUGUUUGAGGAGGGCUGCUGGGGAGGAUGUUUGA